AUGGGGGGCAAGAAAGAAUCCAAGGCCGCUUACUUCGAGAAGCUCGAGGCUCUCCUCAAGGAGUACAAGAGCAUCUUCAUCGUCACCGUUGACAAUGUCUCGUCGCAGCAGAUGCACGAGAUCCGUCAGUCGCUCCGCGGCGAGGGUGUCGUCCUCAUGGGAAAGAACACCAUGGUCCGCCGUGCUCUGAAGGGUCUUAUCAACGACUACCCCGAGUACGAGCGUCUCCUUCCCCACGUCAAGGGCAACGUCGGUUUCGUCUUCACCAACGCCGACCUCAAGGACACCCGUGAGAAGAUUCUCUCCAACCGUGUCGCUGCCCCCGCUCGUGCCGGUGCCGUCGCCCCUGGCGAUGUCUACAUUCCCGCCGGAAAUACUGGUAUGGAACCCGGAAAGACCUCUUUCUUCCAGGCUCUCGGUGUCCCCACCAAGAUUGCCCGUGGUACCAUCGAAAUUACCUCCGACUUGAAGCUCAUCGAGGCCGGUAACAAGGUCGGUGCCUCCGAGGCUACCCUGCUCAACUUGUUGAACAUCUCUCCCUUCACCUACGGUAUGGGUAUCUUCCAGAUCUACGACAACGGCCAGACCUUCGAUGCCUCCGUCUUGGACAUCGAGGAGUCCCAGCUGCUCAAGGCUUUCUCCUCUGCCAUCUCCACCAUUGCCAGUAUCUCCUUGGCCACCGGCUUCCCCACUCUGCCUUCCGUCAUGCACUCCGUUGUCAACUCCUACAAGAAGGUUCUCUCUGUUGCCAUUGAGACCGACUACGAGUGGGAGGAGAUCGCCGAGCUUAAGGACCGCAUCGCCAACCCCGACAAGUACGCUUCCGCUGGCCCUGCCACGACUGCUGCUUCCGGUGGUGACGCCCCUGCCGCCAAGGAGGAGGCCAAGGAAGAGGAGAAGGAGGAGUCUGAGGAUGAGGACAUGGGCUUCGGUCUCUUCGACUAA